UCCUGUGUAGACUUCCAACCCUGUUCCAUUAUACUGAAAGAGUUACGCCAAUCUCCCUUCCCCUGUGAGAAUACUCUUAAUAGUGAACCUCAGCCACCCUAGAGUCAAUUCAUAUCCAUUUCUGAGUGUGGAUCUGGAGACUGGAGAGCGACUAAGAUCAGAGCGCUAUCAAUCCUGCUGAGGUUAUUGAAAUACUUCGCUUACCUUUACCGGAACUAAUCGUCCUGUGUGUUAAUAUUGGUACUUUUCUACAUAAUACGAACGUGAGCAGAAUGUUGUUUUGCAGCCUCGAUCUACAUACAUAAUGUUUAGGAGACUCGUUGUGUGCCUCCGCUGUGUGAUCGCCUGUUGUCUGUGAGGACUCUUCCCCCCCCCCCCCCUCCCCUCUCUCUGUGGAGUCUGUGGAAAGCUUUUAUUGGCUCGGGAUUUUAGGAAAUGGCAACGCCAGACAUUGGAACAGGAACCGUGUUAUCCGUAAGCAGCGAGAGGAAAUCGGAGCUAAAUGAUUAGGAUGCAAGUCGCUCAGAUCUCCCAAAGUAACCAAUUCCGCUAAGCGUAGGAUUCCCUCCUCUUUUUUCUCCCCCCGCUAUCCCUCCUCUCUCCGCACGCAGAUUUUGGUAGAACCUCCGAGUGUCAUGAGGAAGCACCGGGUCUUUCUCCUGCAUAUCCUGGCCGCAGUCAUCGGGCUGUGCAAAGCGCACAGGAAUGAUCGAUGUGGGGUUACUAUACAAAUCACAAGUCCUGGGUACUUGAAUUCUCCUGGAUAUCCAAACUCUUACUAUCCGCGAGAGAGUUGCGCCUGGGUGAUCCAAGCGCCCGAACCUUAUCAGAGAAUAAUGAUUAAUUUCAAUCCUCACUUUGACCUGGAGGACAGAGAUUGCAAGUACGAUUAUGUGGAAGUACGAGAUGGUGGCAACGAGAAAGCAGCAUUACUGGGAAAAUUCUGUGGAAAAAUUGCACCUUCACCACAGAUCUCCACGGGACCUCUUCUUUUUGUAAAGUUUGUCUCUGAUUAUGAAACACAUGGAGCUGGCUUCUCCAUUCGCUAUGAAGUUUUCAAAACAGGUCCAGAAUGUUCCAAAAAUUUCACUGAACAAAGUGCAGAGAUCAAAUCACCUGGAUUUCCUGACAAAUACCCAAAUAAUUUGGAAUGCACAUAUAUGAUCUUUGCACCAGCCAUGGCAGAGAUCCUUCUGGAGUUUGAAAGCUUUGACCUGGAACCGGAUAGCAAUCCACGAGAAGGAAUGUUAUGUCGCUUUGACAGACUAGAAAUCUGGGAUGGUUUUCCAGGAGUUGGGCUUCAUAUAGGACGCUACUGCGGCCAGGUGGCUCCUGAACGUAUUCAGUCCAUCACGGGCAUUCUGUCACUAACGCUGCACACAGACACUGCAAUCGCCAGGGAUGGCUUCUCUGCAAACUAUUCUAUUGUCCAGAAGAACUUAUCAGAAAAUAUUCACUGUAAUGAAUCACUUGGCAUGGAAUCCGGCAAGAUUCACGCAGAUCAAAUUUUGAGUUCCAGCAAUUACAAUUUAUACUGGUCCUCAGAAAGAUCAAGACUAAAUUACCCAGAAAAUGCAUGGACACCGGCAGAAGACUCCAACAAAGAAUGGAUACAGGUAGACUUGGGAUUCCUACAGCACGUCUCUGCAAUAGCAACACAGGGCGCUGUCUCCAAAGAAACCCAGCGGGUGUAUUUCAUCCGGACGUAUAAAGUUGAUGUGAGUUCUAAUGGUGAAGACUGGAUCACUGUGAAAGAAAAAAAUAAGCAAAAGGUGUUUCAAGGCAACAGCAAUCCCAAUGAUACAGUUAUUAGGCAGUUUCCUCAGACAAUCCUGACCCGAUAUGUUCGGAUAAGACCACAGUCAUGGGAGAAUGGUGUUGCACUUCGCUUCGAACUAUAUGGAUGCAAGAUCACUGAUUACCCCUGUUCUGGAAUGCUAGGAAUGGUAUCUGGACUCAUCUCUGAUAACCAAAUCACAGCCUCAUCCUCCAUGGAUCGUUACUGGGGUCCUGAACAUGCUCGUCUUCUCACCAGUCGUCAAGGCUGGGCAUUACAACCGGUCCAUCGGCCUUACAAUAAUGAGUGGAUCCAGAUAGACCUGGGAAUGGAGAAGGAGGUGCGGAGCCUGAUCAUUCAGGGUGUGAAGCAGAGGGAUAAUAAAGUAUAUAUGCGGAAGUUCAAACUUGGGUACAGCACAAAUGGAUCAGACUGGAAGUUGGUAACAAAUCCUGGCAGCUCUAAACCGAAGAUAUUUGAAGGAAAUACCAACUACGAUACGCCGGAAAUUCGGAAGUUUGAACCACUUUUGACAAGAUACAUUCGUGUCUACCCUGAGCGAGCAUCACCUGCUGGGUUGGGACUACGCAUGGAAUUGUUGGGAUGUGAAAUCGAAGUCCCAACAGCUGCUCCAACGAUAGACACGGAUGAGUGUGAUGAAGAGUUUGGAAACUGCCACAGUGGAACAGGUGAUGGCUUCGACUUUACAGGUGGCAAUACUGCUGUAGGGACAGAGGAACCAACAUUACCUGAAUUACCACAGUUCCCAGACCGCUUCUCUCCUUUCAAUGAGGUGCCCGGUUUCAACUGUAAGUUUGGGAGCACAGCCCGGGAAAGUUUCUGUGACUGGCAUCAUGAUGAAUCCGCUGACUUUAAGUGGGAAGUCCACUUGGGAAAAGGAGAAUCCACCAUCACAGGGUCAGAUGGAAAUUAUACAAUGGGAAAAGACCAUUUUAUUUAUACUGAAAAAAUUGGAGAAAAGGAAGAACAAUUUGCACGGCUAUGGAGCCCUUCAUUGCCACUUGCGAAUUAUGGCCAUUGUUUGGUUUUUUGGUACCAAAUCCGCGGAACUCAAGGUAGCAGUUUGAAUGUGAUUCAAAGAAAGCUGAUGGGUGGCUUCCCUACAAAUGUCCUUUGGACUAUGGGUGGACCUCAAGGUAGCCACUGGCAGGAAGGGCGAGUGCUGCUCCCACAAUCAUCACAUGUCUAUCAGGUCGGCCUGGAAGUAAUAGUUGGAAAAGGGAAGAGAGGAGAAGUGGCAGUGCACGAUGUGGAGGUAGUGAGCAACCAGAAUCCAAACGAAUGCAUGGCUCCCAGGGAUGCCUUUCCAGGUUCAGAUGGUUUUACAUCAAUUUUUCCUACUGCUGGGGACCCUGAGGAUUCCACUGACAAAGCAUUCUAUGAGAACUCUGGAGGUCCUGGAAACAUGCUGAAGACCCUCGACCCUAUUCUUAUUACAAUCAUAGCUAUGAGCGCCCUGGGAGUCAUUCUGGGGGCCAUCUGUGGGGUUGUCCUGUACUGUGCCUGUUGGCACAGUGCACUGGCUGACAGAAAUCUAUCUGCACUCGAGAGCUACAAUUUUGAACUUGUGGAUGGGGUGAAACUGAAAAAGGAUAAGCUGAACUCACAGAACUCCUACUCAGAGGCAUGAAAAAGAAGCACUCGGAGGGCUUAAAUGGCUGAGGAAGGUCGUCUGGAACUGUGGAAUUUUUUUUUUGUAAUUGUUUGUCUUUGGACAGACAAGAAGAGCUCUGGAUAAUGCUGGUCUGUGACUGAGCCAAGCUUUUCUCAGGAGCAACUGUUAAAGCAAUCAAACGGGAUGCUGUGUAAAAAGAAAUGAAUUAUGUACAGUCUGCUUUUUAAUUUUUAAAUUAAAGUUUUAAAUGAACAAAUGCUGGUGUUGAGACCAAGUGAGAUCAUUUUACAAGUAUUUAUCAUUUUCUGUAAAGAGUUAUAAAUUUGUAUCAUUCUAUUUGUAUAAUGACUUAGCUUCACAGAAUAUGUUUCCAAAGGGCUUUAAAUACCUAUGUUUUUGUAUAUUAGUCCAGAUUUUAUACUUUGAGUAUGCAGUAUUUUGAUUUUUCCCACCCUGUCCCAUUUUGAAAACAAUUAGCAUUAAGCCUCACUGGACGCUGAGGGGGGUCAUAUCCUUUAUAACAAGGGUAAAGACUAUGACUUGUUAACAUGCUACACAGGGCAACUGCCUGUACGCUGAUAACAUUGUGAUUGGCUCCAGGCCAGUGGCCUGGAUUAACAAUUGCUUGCACUGAAAUACGCGCUACAAGGUUGAUUUUUCUUUUCUUGUUCUCCUUUAGAUGAGUGUGCUAUAAGAACAGUGUUGGAGAGAUUUGAUUUUAUUUCUGUUUAUCAGUUUAAGUAAAAAAGAAAAAAAAUGUUAUUGAAAAAAUAAUUAAUGAAAUCUAUAAUGAUACAGUUGAUCAACAUGUUUCUUGUAUUGUUUCAUGUUUUGUAUUGCUGUGAGAGUUUCUCUUCUGAAUUUUUUUCCUAAACUUUUUUAAUGGCAUUAUUGCUUGUGUAAUGUGUUGCUUUAAAAAUGAACAGAAGAAAAAGCCUUAACUCAAAAUGUUUGUACUCCUGACACACAGAAAGCCUAGACAAUUCAUACUGUUGUGUUGUAUCUUGUACUCAAAUCUAUGACUACUGCCUUCCAAAGAUUCAAUUAAAUUUAAAAUUUUCCUACAGUACUUUUUUGUGGUUUCUUAUGAUGGGACCUCGAAGUACAAUCCACUCGCGACCUGCAGUGUCCUAUAAUUCCCAGUCUUAACCAUUAAGACUGUGUCAAAAACCACAGCAGCCUUGAGCAAUUCCUGUUUAUUCUGCAUUUCCUGCUCAGUCAGCAAGGGCAGGGUUCAUGGUGUAUGACAGUAGCACUGAGCCAUUCAAUCAAAAUAAAUGAGCAAUGGAAGCAAUUGCUAGAUAAAUCAUUCAUAAACAGCAAAACUGCUGUGAUCCCACAAAUCAGUAUUCAAACCUGUUAAAUAUGUGAAUAAUAAAUUGGACAAUGAACCUUAAAAGUACAACAGUAUCUUUUUUUUGAAACAACUAAUUAUGGAGCACUGCAGACUUAGAUGAAUAACUGUCAGUUUGUCCUGUGUAUACACAGACAGCAUUUCUGUAAUGACAAUUCAGAUCCAUGGAAUCUAACAGUGAAAUUCCUGGUGUAUUUUAUGGAAGGUUUAUAGCAUUAUAAACCACUGUGUACUACUAUCUCAUCUCAUUAGGUGAAUGGCAAGAAUCAGAGUGAGAUGUAUGGUGUAAAUUAGAAGAAACAUAGGGUGGAGAGAAAGGUAUUAUUUAUUAUUUGCAACUUAAGGCAGUAUUAAAAUAGCAUUCUGUAGGAUUCAUAAUAGGAGCCCAUUAGUGCUCUACUUCACUCCAUCUGCAUGGAACAUGGAAGACCAGCAAAUUCAUAUGUCCAUCCCACCACUAAUGGCUUAAGUGACUGAUGAAUGUUGAGAGAGCUGAGUUCAAUAUUGCUCUCUCUCUCCCAUCACCUCCCCUCCCCUGUGCCCCUCAUCAUCCUAACACCACAACCAUCACUUUGCAGUGAGUGAAAGCAAAGAAAUGCAUUAGGAGAUGGACUAUCCAGUCUCCAUAAUGUAAUCGAGGGGUUCCCUCCGGGAAAGUGCUUGACCUCGAUCUUAUAAUUCUCUACAAUCUGAAAGUUAGCUUAAGGAGAAUCGUGAAAGAGGCUUCUGUCACGUGACUUUGUGGUGUAAAACUGGCCAUUGAGCAAAACCCUACUUGAGAUGAUUGUCCUUAGUAGAAAGCUAGUAAGGUACAUUGAGUUAAUGGGAAAUACCACUAUGAGUGGAAAGGAAAUGGCUCUAAGAAUUUCCAUUGAUUUUGCAGAUAUCAAAGGGCCAAUUAUGUUUUAUUUCUAAUAGCAACUUCAACGUGAUUAGUGAUAUAAUUCUGAAGCAGAAUGGAAAUCAUUGGAAUGCAACAUAAAUGCUUAGAGUGAGGUAACACUCAUUGGAAAUGUAAAACCACAGCCCUUCUAUAUCUUAAUAUGAUGUUCUCACAAUGAGUUUGGAGCGAUAAUGUAACAAGAUAAUGAAAAUGCUGUUCUCACAUUAAAAUGCUUUCCUACUCAGUUUUGAAGAAAAUUGACUAGGAAUUUUCAAUGGAAAUUGUGGAGACUCCUGAGAAAGUUUGGAUGUAAACUUUUGAAACUAUCUUUGAAAAAAAGUUGAGUGUUCUUUCUUUCUUUGUAAUUUUCAUAUUUGUUUGUAUUUUAUCAAAGGAAGAUCUGCUAUAUGUAUAUAUUUCUAUGCUGUGCAUUAAACAGAAGGG